AUGCCUUCCUGGUUAAUCACCGGUGCAAGCAGGGGUAUUGGCCUCAGCAUUGUUUGCCAUCUCUUGAAAGAGGAGGGUAACUUCGUCAUCGCCACUGCGCGCGAUCUCAGCGGCAAAGGCCUCCAAGACCUCGCCUCGAAAUACCCUAAGACCCGCCUCGCUCUCGUUGAGCUCAACGUCAUCGACGUCGCGAGCAUCAAGAAAGCCGCGGAGAAAGUUGGAACGCUCCUUCCCAACGGUCUCGACUACUUGAUCAACAACGCGGGCAUCAUGCCACAGCCCAUGACUUCCUUCGAGGACCUUGACCUGAAGCUAUUCGCAGACGAACUCAGCUUCAGCACCAUCGCCGUUAUUCAAGUGACUUCCGCGUUCUUGCCCUUGGUGAAGAAAUCCGCUGUGAAGAAGAUCAUCUUCUUGACAUCUGUCCUUGGCUCACUCGAACUUGGCGGAUCGUGGCCAUUUAUCACCAACUCCUACUCUAUCUCCAAGGCGGCCUUGAACAUGCUGGCUCGAAAGUGGGGUGCAGUUCUCAAGCACGAAGGCGUUACAGUUGCUCUCAUUCACCCAGGUUGGGUACAGACCGACUUGGGUGAUGAGAUCAAGGAGUGGAUGGAGACGUACGCUAAGAACGUUCCCCAGAUCACUACCGCUCAGUCGUCUGCGGGAGUUGUCGCUGUAGCGAAGAGCGUAACUAUUGAUUCUACGGCUACCUUCUAUAACUACGAUGGUAGCAAACUUCCUUUCUAA